AUGUACGUGCAAUGUCAUCAAAAAGCUUCACCAUUGAACUGUGAUAAGGAACGCAUAAAUGAUUCUGCAAGGACAAAUGAUAGAUCGGGUGAAAAAUGCAAAUGCAUAAAAAAAGAGGCAUCUGUGAGAAGAUUUACUUAUGAAAAAGCUAAGAAUGAAAUAGAAGAAGCAGCAGUAGAAGCAGCAGUAGAAGCAGCAGUAGAAGCAGAAGUAGAAGCAGAAGUAGAAGCAGAAGUAGAAGCAGAGGUGGAAGCAGAAGUAGAAGCAGAAGUAGAAGCAGAAGUAGAAGCAGAAGUAGAAGCAGAAGUGGAAGCAGAAGUGGAAGCAGAAGUAGAAGUAGACGUAGAGAAAAAAAAUCUCAGAAAAAAAACAAAAAGUAUGAGCAUUUUCCACACGUUUAAAAGAGAGAAAAAUCUAAUAGACAAGGAAAAAAAAGCGAACUUUAAAAUUCUUCCAUUUCCCAAAGAGAAAAUUGAGUCCGUAUGUAACCUUAACACUAGUAGCAGCAGCGAUCAUACAUUAAACGCAAAAAUGAUAUUUACCCCAAAUGAGGACAAGGAAUACCAUAGAUUCGACUUUCUUCUUAUUAAUAGUAUAGGAGAAGAAAAGAAAAAAGACAAGUACAGCAAUUCUGAGUUUUUUUCUAGUAACUAUAUCAACAGACAAAAUUUAAAUUUGUACUUGAAUAACUCAUUCUACUGUUCUCAUUAUAGCGAAGGGCACACAUCAAAUGAUGUCUUUUUUAAAAGAAAAGGAAGUAACAGAAAAAACAUGAAAGGUGUAGUGUGGAAUAAUAUAAAGGUAGUAGAAACGGAAGGGAAAGAUAUUUCGAGGAGUAUAGAGACAAGAACGAACCUAGAUAAAAGUGUAUCCAGUGAAUGUAAGAACAUGAGUUCUGAGUCUUCAUUAACUGCUUAUUCCUUCUAUCACGUAAAUUUUAAAAAUGGUUCCAACUGCAUGAAGCGUUUGAAGCGUUUGAAGCGUUUGAAGCGUUUGAAAUGUUUGAAGCGUUUGAAAUGUUUGAAGCGUUUGAAAUGUUUGAAGCGUUUGAAAUGUUUGAAGCGUUUGAAGUACAUUAACCGUAUUUACCGUACGAAUGGCAUAAAUAAUUGCGAGGAUGUAUAUCGCGAAAAAUGCGAUAGUCAAGACCCUACACAGUAUAUUGAAACAACGAUGAAUGCUGGCAGUGCAAUAAGCAUUCAUUCAACUAAGUACUCAUUACAAAAUGGUGAAACAGUUUUAAUUAAUAAUCUGUGCAGUGAAAAAAAGCAUUUCCAGAUGGGUAAUUCAUAUGAGGAAGAAAGAACUCGAUUAAAUCAGAACGAUAUUUUUGACGAUGGUGCAAAUAACUCUAAGUUUGGGAAUGGGGAAAUUUUUAAGAAAAGCAAAGAAAUACUUAGUAAAAGGCACAAUCAAAUUCACAGCGAAUCGCUUAAUGAGAUAAUGUACACCAAUUGGAAUGUACACAUGAACAGUAACAGCAGUAAUGUAAAUGACGACGAAAGGGAUACCUGUGGAAGAUGCUCUAGGACUCCAGCAAAUACCACCUCUACUACUGCAUCUAAUACGGGUGCUGCUACUGCUUAUAAUAAUAACAAUAUCAUUAGCAAGAGCAGUAGUGUCCGUGGAGGUAGUAGUGCUGUGCAUAGCAGUAUAUCAACUGGUCGCAGUAAAAAUGCACCCCUUCUGAGUAUUAGUGAGAGAUACAUAUAUAAGGAGAGAAAAAUUAGCAAUUCCCAAAAUUGUAAUGUAAAAUAUGAAAACUUCUUCCAUUUCUGCAAUUCUUCAGACAGAGAUAAGUCUAAAUAUGAAGAUAACAAUGCACAGAGUAAUUCCUUAUCAUUCAUAGUAGACCAUAUCAUACUUAAUAAUAAGCAUAAAGGAAAAACGAACAAUUCGAUUUAUACAAAUUCGAAUAUGUGUAUCAGCUCUUCUGAGGAGCGUGAUAACUUAUCUAAUGCACAAUACGUGAAGAGUAAUAGAUUAACUUGUCUUCAGAAUAUACACAACUGUCCUAAAAAUAAGAAACGUAGUAUACAAAAGGAUGACUUAGAUGGAGGGAUAUAUAAAUUAGACGAUACUUAUAUUAAAAAAAGAAAUGGAAAAAAGGAAUUUGGUUCUGUGGGUUUUGAAAAGACAGGUAAUAACAGUAUAUGUUAUGAUAUGAAGGAAGAGGAACAAAGGGAAAGGAAUGAUAAUAGACUUCAAUGUGAGCUUAUGUUGAGCGAAAGGGAUGUAGAAAAAGGGGGAGAGGCCGAGGAAGAAAACAAAAUUGUGGAUUUACUAAAAGAGGAAGACGGCGAAAAUGAUGGGAAGAUUGUUAAGAAAGAAAAAAAUUUCGGGGAAGUUGAAAAGCGCAAUUUCGAAAAAAUGAAAGAACUUGGGGGGAGAAGUGAAAACAUGCGCAUAGUAGAUAAUAAUACUAACGGUAAUAGUAAUGUUAAUAGUAGUGGUAAUAGUAGUAACAACAGUAACAGUAGUAACAGUAGCAACAGUAGCAACAGUAGCAACAGUAGCAUCAGUAGAAACAGUAGUAGCAGCAGUAGCAGUAGUAGCAUCAGUAGAAACAGUAGUAGCAGUGGUAGCAGUAGCAGUAAAAUCAUCAGGAACAGCGUCGGCGAAGAGGAAGGAGGUACAGGAGUGAAGUGCCUAGUUGAGUUUGAUGAGAGCACAGAUUCGUGGAAUGUGUUAUGGGAGUAUGGCAAUUUUUCCGUCGUCAAAUCAUAUAGUCGGGAAGUAUAUGGUGAUAGUACACGAAACAGAGCCAUAAGUGACCUUGAAAUGCUGCACUCUAUGUAUGAGGAUAUAGUGAAGAAUGAUCCGUAUAUAACUAACGAAGAGAAAUAUAUACGUAUUCAAAGCUACAUAAACAAACAUUUUGGAAAGAAAUAUUAUUUCAUUAAAAUGGAAAAGGAAAAAACUAAAAAUGAGAAAGGGUUCUACUCUCAUGGGGAAGAAGAAUACCUAGGGGGGCGUAAACACACGAGUGCAGCUCCUGUAAUACAGGAUGGAAGAGUCGAUGAAAAAGUAGAUGAAAGAGUCGAUGAAAAAGUAGAUGAAAAAGUAGAUGAAAAAGUCGAUGAAAGAGUCGACGAAAAAGUCGAUGAAAAAGUAGAUGAAAAAGUAGAUGAAAAAGUAGAUGAAAAAGUAGAUGAAAAAGUAGAUGAAAUGAAAAAUGGUAUUGAUCAUUUUGGAGUUGAUUAUAAUAAUAUAUCUGAUACCAUUAAUGACAUAAAAUUUUGUGGAAAAAAAAGAAAAAACUGCAUAAUCCAAAAUAACCCACUGAAUGAUUUUAGCAAUAUAACAGGGAAAAGUGAACAAAUGAAAUAUACCAAGAGAACAAGGGUUAGAACUAAUAGGACAUACUCUAAUAAGGGGAGUGGAAACAAAUGGAAUGAACAAUAUACAGACAUUAGUCCUAAUAGUAAUGUAUACUCACCAUAUAAUUUGAAUAGCGUAACAUGUGCGACUAAAAGGCGAAGCAAGAGAAAUCCACUUUUAAGAGAAUCCGAAAUGAAAUUGAAAAUGCUACAAAGACAAGAAAAAAAAAAAAUUGUAGAAAAGAGAAGAGAAGCAAAACUGAAAGAAAUGAUUGAAAGGAAGGAAAAAAAAUUAAAAAGGGAGGAAGAGAAAAAGAAGAAGCUUUUAUUGAAAGAGCAAAAAAAGAAAAUUAGGGAAGAAAAGAAAAGAAUGAAAGAACAAGAGAGACUGAAAAAAAAAGAAGAAAAGAACAAGCUAAAAAGAUUAAAGCAAAUGGGGAAAACUCGGCAAGUGCAGCAGUUGAGGCAUCUGAGCCAGCUUCACGAACCGAACAAUCCGAACCAGUUAAAUCGAUUAAAACCAUUUACUGGAAAAUUUACAAAAUAUCAUAGCGAUUUCAUAAAAAGUGAUAAUCUAAUGAGCAACAGAGAAAAGAAAGAAUGCUAUCUUGACUAUGCCAACCUGUUAAGAGAGACCUUGUGUAGAGAAAAUGUUCGUAGUUUCAUUAAAACGUCUGAGGAAGAGAACAGCAAAAAGAAAGAAGCUCUAACCAAAAGGGAGAGAGUACUACAAGCGCUAAAUAAGAACAAGGGGAUCCUUGUCAGUGGGGGUAUAUACCUUGAUGUGAAUUAUGAAGAUAUUGAAAAGGGGGGCCAAAAUUGGGCACAUGGGCCAAAUAGGACAUAUGGAUCAAAUUUUCACCUGAACAGGUCAGGAAACUGGAUAGUCUCGUGGGUAAUUUAUGGAAGAAUGUACAGAAAAAAAUUUUCAAUAAGGGAGUAUGGUUUUAAGAAGGCAAAGGAGUUGGCGGAAAGGUACAAAAGUGAAAGGAUGAAUUACAUAAGGUCAAAUUUUUCUUCAUACAAUAAUUAUUAUUGUGAAAUUAUAAAAAAUAGAGAUGACGAAAAAGCAACAGGUGAAAGGAAGAAUAUGGAAAGUUCAACAAUAGGAGGAACUAGACGUUGUGAGGGGAAACAUAAUCGCGUCAAUUAUCCGCACAAUAAGCAGCAAGCUAUUAUGCUAAAAGUGGAGGAAAGGGAAAAUGGCAAAAACAAAUGCAGCACGUAUGGUUCCUGUGGCAAAUGUGAAGAUCGUAACCCUCAUGGAUAUUUGUCCACGUCAACGUCCCACUCAAAAUUAAUGAACGAAUUGAAGUACUCACAACAAGUGAUAAGGACCACUCCAGUGGAUCCGAUGAUGUACUUUUACAAAGACUUAUUAAUGCAUAGUCGUUUUGAUGAAUAUCUAAAAAAUAAAAUAAUAUGGAUACAUAAAAUAAAUAGUUGGGCAAUAGAAAUAAUUAAAAGGAGACAAAAUAAUCAAUAUGUAAAGGAAAAGAAAUAUUACUCAGAACAAAUGUAUGGAUAUAUUAUAGGGAAAUUUAUAGCGAUAUAUGAAUUUCUAAAUGCUAAGCAUAAAAUAUUACAGAAUUAUUUUAAUGUUCCUAAUAUACCGAAUAUGCAAUAUGAUAAUAAAAAAAAUGCUUGGAAAAUAUCUAGACGUGUCCCUAAUCAAUUAAAUAAGAAAAAUUAUUAUUUUCAUAUUAGCAUUUAUGGAUGGAUUAACUCAAGGAAGUUAGCCUUGAUUCUAGCCAUAGAUCUAAACCAAAACAGAGAUAUGCAGUUUGACCAUUUCUAUACAAAAUACUAUUCAUCCAAAUGUGAAAAUGAUCACUCGGUUAGACAUGAUUUAAAUUGUUACGACUUUAUACUACAUGAGGAUUUUCGAAGACAGGAUGCGCUUUCAAACAAGUGCGACGAGUAUGUAGCACAUUGUGAAGGAGCUUCUACUACAUUUGAUAGCAGCAAACAGGGAAUUACAUACCUUAAGAAAAAAUACCAAAUCAGUAGUUGUACAACGGAAGGUAUUCUCAGUUUAAAUAGCGGUAUGGACACGGUUAAUGAGGGUGUAAGGUGCCCAGAAGGUAGAGAAGAGAAAGAGAUGAUAGAUAAGGUAAAGAAGCAGGAACAACAUAACCAUCAACAGCGGCAAAAUUCUCAACAACAGCAGGAGCAAGGCAAUAAUGAGGAUGAUACCAGCACCUCCCAAUCAAAUGCUGAUAAAACCACAGUCAGAGGGGCUUGGGAAAGAACAAGCGAAGCAGAUAAAAUGAGAGAACAUAGAGAGGUCAAGUAUAGUCAUGAUAAAUGUUUAAGUAAUUCGGUCAGAAGGAGUUAUAGCAAUGAUUUUAGCGAAAUUAUCGAACAUGCAGAGGUGUCCAAUAGCUAUUCGAAUCGUACCAUUAGGAGUCUUUCCAAUCAAGAUGUAAGACAACACACUAGUAUGAAGAACAAACUUAUCUGUGGAAUGGAUAAGGGAAGGAAUCCUCUGAAGCUCAGUUUAUGGAGCAAAAAUGUAAGGAAAACAAGUAAGGUAGAAGAUAAGCAAAAGGGAGAUAACGCGGAAAAGAUAAAUUUUCCAAAAAUUAUAAAAGACAGCUCAUUCGAAGCCGCGAACAAUUUGCACAGUGACAAAGAAGUGAUCUGGAGUAAAAUAAAAAGGGAAAAGAGCAGAAUAUGCUAUAGUGCAACCCAUUCCACUGAUGCGCAUAAAAACAAACGAGGAAGAAAAAGAAAAAACGAGAAAGAUAAUAAUAUUAAUUGCCCUGACAACGAAGCGAUACAAUAUGGAAGCAUGAGAGGAAAAAAGAAAUGUAUAGAAUGCGACGGGAAUAUAUAUAUGUCAAAUUUACACAAUUCUUCUAUGAAUUUAAAGAAGUUAUAUGAACAUGUUCAUAAUGAAAAGUAUAUUCAAUUAAGGCAAAUGUACUCAUGCAAUGAUAAUGAUUUAUUAAAUUUUUUAUCGAAUGAAGAAGACAGGAAACUCUUUUUAAAAGAAAACAUAAAUAUAGAAACAGAUGAUCAGCAUCUUUUAGUUACGAUUUUAGAAGACUACUACUAUGCUAACUUGUCUAGACGAAUUUUCAAAAUCAAAAAGAAACUCGUUGAUUAA